AUGUUGGUGAUAUUCAUUGCAACAAUUUGUGGUCUUGGGGGCUCGUUAACGGUGAUAGACAAUUUGAAUCAGAUAGGAAGUUCCUUAGGAUACCCGAAGAGAAGCAUAAGUACUUUUGUGUCUCUGGUAAGCAUUUGGAACUAUCUCGGACGUGUCGUCGCUGGUAUUGCCUCGGAAAUGUUUAUAACAAAGUACAAAUUUCCUCGCCCUCUCAUCCUCACAUUGGUCCUCCUUUUAUCCUGCGCGGGUCACCUCCUUAUUGCUUUUAACGUCCCGAACGGCAUCUAUGUGGCAUCAGUGAUUAUUGGGUUUUGUUUUGGUGCACAAUUGCCACUACUCUUCUCGAUAAUCUCUGAACUUUUUGGGCUUAAGUACUACUCUACGCUGUUCAAUUUUGCAGCGGUGGCUAGCCCAAUUGGGUCAUACUUGCUCAAUGUGAGGGUCGCUGGGCAUCUAUACGAUAGGGAGGCAGAGAAGCAGAUGGCAGCGUUGGGGCUCAAAAGGAAGCCCGGGGAGGACUUCAACUGCACUGGGGUUGACUGCUUCAAAUUGUCUUUCAUCAUCAUAGCCGCCGUGACCUUCUUUGGCACACUUGUUUCGCUCAUCUUGGUGAUUAGGACCAGGAAGUUCUACAAGAGCGACAUUUACAAGAAGUUCCGAGAGGACGCGAAUCAUGUGAUCGAGACUGAAACCACGAUGGCUGCAAAUGGUCAUGUUCGACAGUGA